AUAGAGCUUUUUCAUCUGCAGAUGAUGCUUGCUACAACGAUUUUACGUACCCACUAUGGUGACAUAGGAGUGCCAGGAUCACUAGCUUUCUAUGCAUCAAUGCUAGGGAGGAAUCGUGUCACCCUUGAUGGGCCUGAUUUCUACGCAACAAAUGAACUUCUUCAACAUACGUUUGAUGCCAUGGUAAUCCGCGCGUGGGGGCUUGACCUAGGAUGCGAUUGUUGUAUAUUUCAAUAUACAAGAUAA